AUGAAAAAAUACAAGUUAAUCUAAGAACAUAAAAAAUCAGUUGAUGAGAGAGAUGUACUAUCUGACAAUGAAUUACUGAUAGGCUCCAUUGAAAGCUGCACUCUCUUAUCUACAUAAAAGAACCUUGAAAUGCUUAAUAUAACGAUGAAUACUGUAGUAAUGAAUAAUCCUCACUAUGAAAUACGAAAAGAUCACUUAGAUAAAAUACUGAAAAAAACUAAUAUAGAAAUCCUUAAUGCUAGUGACACAAUUACAUUCAAUUAGUCAUUUGCUUAGGAGCCAGCCAUACAUAAUGUUUACAGAAAAGAAACUAAUAAUCUAAUGGUUAACAAACUUGAAUCUGAAUUUUCACUCGAUGACAUAAAAGAUCAAACAGAGUGUAACUUGCAGGAUAAAAAUCUGUAAUAAGUACCAUGGUAGUUAUAUAAAAAUGACAUUAAUUUAGCGAAUUUAAUAUCGCUUAACUUUAGUGAUAACUAAAUCUCUGAUAUUCAUCAAAGUUUGUUUAUUUUGAAGCCUCAUAUAUAGAUCCUACAACUCACAAACAAUAAGAUUAGUUAUCUUCCAAUUACUAUAGGCAAUCUUGUUGCCCUUAAUGAGCUUUAUCUUGGGUUAAAUUAGUUACAAUCAUUACCAGUAUAGAUUGAAAAUUGUAAAUAACUAAAACACUUAGUCUUAGAUAAUAAUAAAUUUGAAGUAUUUCCUAGCCAAAUAUCUAAACUCACUCAGCUUUAAGUGCUUAGUAUAAAAAACAAUAAAAUUUCUAAGAUUUAGCCAGGAAUAUUGAGUGAAUUGACACAGCUUAAUACUCUUAUACUUUCUAAUAAUAAACUCAAGGAACUUCCAAGUGAAUUUCAUUUACUCAAAUAGCUUUUAGUAUUUGAUAUUGAGUGGUUGAGUUAUUCAUACCCUCCAUUCCCUCAGGCAGUCACUAGAUCAUUACAAUAAAAAGCUAUAAUUUCAGAAAAUUUAGAAAAUCUUUCUAGAUCUUGUAAUGAAAAGAAUUAAAGUAUAAGUUUUGAGAAAUUUAUAGAUGCUUUUAGUUCUGAAAAAAGGUACUUUCAGCCAAUGGAUAAUUUAAACAGAAGCAAAAUACAUAUUGCCAUUUUAAAUGAUUAACCUCAUAUUCUAGAAGCAUUUCUCGCAGGGGACUGUGAUUGCUUGAAUGACUAUGACAAGGAUCACUUUACUCCCUUAGGCUUAGCUAUAGAAUUAGGAAAAUUAGAUUACGCUUAAAGAUUAUUAAAACAUGAGAAAAUUGAUGUAAAUACUAGAGCAGGUUAGUACGGAUCUGUUCUAUUCUUAGCAAUCUCUAAAAUGAACUCAUAACUAGUUGAAAAGAUCAUAGAAAAAGGUGGUGAUGUAUCUUAUUAAGACCCCUAUGUAGAAGAUUAUCCUGUUAAUUUCUUAAUGAAGUAUAUAACAAAGAAUUAGAGUGCUGUAAAAGAAAUCUUAGAAAUAUUGGUUCAACACGGUGCAGAUUUCAAUGCUGUUAAUAAUUAAUAAUGGACUCCCUUAGAAAUUGCAGUUAAAAGAGCUAGUUAUGAUGCUAUGGUAUGCUUAUUCGAAGCUAGUAAACAAAGCAUGGAGAAUGAGUCAAUCAAUAUUGAUCAUCAAGGUGGACCUGAGAGAUGCACUGCUCUACAUCUAGCUGCAUCAGGGAGUUACUACAGGAUUGUAAACUUUUUGAUUGAUCAGGGUGCCGAUCUAUUUGUAUAUAAUUUAAACGGAAAAACUCCCUACUCCAAUAUUACUAAUAAUUUUCUGAUGAUAAAAAUCCUAAAAAAAGCAGAAGUUCUCUACUGCAGAAAAAAAUUUUCAUCCAAAAAUCAGAUUUAAGAGACAAUGUUAACUAAUCAUUUAAUUCUGUAGAAAUAUUCAUAAAGAAAAACAAGAUCAGCGACCUUUAAUAGUAUCAUUUCUAAUUCUUCAUCUGUGGAACCUAUGAGUUUAUAUGCUUUUGAAAAUAAUAUGAUAAGUUUAGCUUAGUAAAUACAGAUGAUAAAUAGAAACUCAAGAGAACGUACUGUUUCAGAAAGUGGCACUACAUUUUAAGGUUAAAGAUAUGGUAUAACUUCAAAGAUAUUCAAAGUAGAUUUUCGAAGGAAUGUAUCUAUAGAGAUUAUUGGAAAUCGUUAGCAUUCUUAAUCAGUUUAAGAUGAUGAUUCUCCGGCCUAAAAGAGUAUAAGAGAGAACACAAAGCAUGUAAGAUUGAGUCCUAUUAAGAAAUUGUCAAAAAGAAAUUUUUCUCCUGAAGCACCAAAUUUUGAAAUUAAAACCAUAAAGACACCUAGAUUUAAAAACUAAGAGUUAAGCAGUCCAAUAGCAUCUAAACUAUUUAAAGACUACAAAAGUGUGUAGUAAAUAUCUCAUAGAGAAAUAAAAUAGAAUAUAUUUUUCAUUGCAGAUGAACUAGUAAUAUGUAAUAAUGAGGAGAAAAAGCCUAUAUACUUGAAAUUUCUUGCCCUCAUAGAUUACUAAAACCUGAAACAUCUUAAGACCUUCAUGAAAGUUUUUAUGAAUUGCCAUAUAAAUUUGGAUAUCUAUAUUAUAGAGAGACUUCUAGAUGCUACAUUUGUAUUUCAUAAUUAAGACAAUAUCAAUUUCUAGUAGCAAAUAAAAAGUUUUUUGGAGUAACUUUAGACAAAGUUCAAAAAAAGAGAAGAAGUCUUAGAAUAUAUAGAAGAAAUUAUAAUACAGACUAAAUAGCCCAGGUUUUAAACAAAGCCAUUUGUUAAAGAACCUGAUACUAAAAUAUUGCUAAAUCCUGCUAAAUCAUUACUAGGGCAUUAAAAUAAGCAUAAAGAAAAGAAUCCUUUUUUAAAGAAGUCAGAUAAUAUCGCAAAUGAUCACUCUUAUAGAAAUCAUAUCCUCAGAGCAGCAAAUUUGAUGAAAUCUCGUAAAGAUUUUCAGCCAGGAAUCAAUAUUGCAAAACAACCUGAAUCAAAGCAAAAGAUGAGCAUUACAUAAUCAUUCAAAGACUCCAUAAUAAUUCAAAAUAAUAUAUAAAAGCAUUAAUUGAAAGUUACCAUAGAUGACGUAGAGACUUAAAGUUUCUCAUUUAACAUUUAAAAAGAUGUUCAGAAGUAAACCUUUACAUCUUAUGGAGCAUCAAGAUAAAUUUUUAUGUCUCCAAAGGCAACCAAAAAUCCAAAUAUAUAUCUCCAAGAUACUAAGGAUGAAGGUUCAACACCUAGAUUAAAAGUCAUCAAUAAUUAAACCACCAGAAUUAAGCAUUUCGAUCACUCUUAGUAGCGAUCAAGACAAGUUUCGACUAAGGUAUAAAAAAUAUCUCUGCAUGAUCACAAUGCAGCUGAAGAUGAUUUAGAAAUAAAACCUGAAGAAUUAGAAAAUAUUGCUAAAGCAUAAAAUAAGCAUUCAACAGCAAAAAAGACAAAUAAGAUUAGCUUUGAGGAAACGCUUAAACUUAGAUAUCAAAAGUUUGAACCAAAGAAAAAUGGGAGUGCUACUAAGUGGAAUAUAUAUUCUCUAAGAAAAGUCAUUGACUCACCAUAGCCUCCAUCAUCAAAUAGAAAAAUUUCGUCAAUGUCUAAAAGGAAAUUAUGA